CUCAAAGGUUUCAGUCGCAGAUUCUGGCAGGGAAGUACGGAUCAUCGAGGGGUGCCUGGAAAGCCUGGCCGAGUGGUGACAUUAAUAGAGGACCCCGAGGGCUGUGUGUGGGGCGUUGCUUAUAAGUUGCCAUCAGGUCGAGAAAAAGAAGUGAAAGAGUAUCUGGACUACAGAGAGAAAGGCGGUUACGGGGUGAUCGCAGUUACAUUUCAUCCCAAAGAUGAAGGACACAAACCAAUGCAGGACACAUUGCUCUACAUCGGCUCCUGUGACAACCCAAAUUACCUUGGCCCAGCACCUUUGGAAACAAUCGCUCAGCAGAUUGUGAAGUCUGUAGGCCCCAGUGGCAAGAAUACAGACUACCUCUUUGAGCUCGCCGAUGCCAUCAGGCAACUAAUGCCUGAAGACCUAGAUGAUCACUUGUUCUCUUUGGAAAGUCUUGUGAAGGAGCUGCAGAAGCAGGAGAAGAUGAAGUGAUCUGAUAUAGUCUGCUUUGUCCUUAAUCUUCUGGAAAAACUCAGGAAUUGUCUUUUUUUUUUUUGUUCCUCAUAUAUAGAUUAUGAUAUCUGAUGUAUGCUAAAAGGGAUUACCUGAUAAAGCGUUAGAUAAGCAGUACUUAAACUACUGUUCUGUUUUUAAGUAGGUUGUUUAAUAUAUGGUAGUCUCUUGACAGAAUGUUUUAAUCUACACUUGAUUUUACAACGUGACAUUUCACAUAAUUUGUCUCGCGUUAAACCUUGAGAUACAAAUCAAGAACUUAAAUGGAUUUCAGUAUAUUGCACAUAAUAUAUAAUGUCAUUACGUCCAUGAAAAUGUAAAUGAAGGGACAAUUUAAUUUUCAGAGGCUGGUUUAUUUUACUCGGAAUACUUGAAUGUGUUACAAAGCUAUUUCCUAUUAUUUUAAAAGUUCCUUACCAUCCUAAUCUUCAAAUAAGCUAUAGCAAGGUGAAUCUCAUGAACAUAACAUGUUUAAGUCACCAAUUUACCCCCCAGAAAAAAAUAAAAUAAUUUGAAUAAACCAAAUUAAACAUGUUCUUGGAACCUUAAAGAAUUAUUUUGCAUUGUAUAACAUUUUAAUGACAUUUAACUGUUUUCCAACCAAAA